AUGGAAUUAAUUUUUAAAGAUUUAUUAACUAAAGGUGAAACUGUAAUUGAAAAUGUGGGUUUGAUUAAAAAGUUAGAAGAAUUCUGUAAAAAUGAGACAUGUUUCAAUUAUCUUAUGUAUGUUUAUUUACAUGUAUUUAUUUGCUAUGUAAUUUACAAUUUAAUUGCCAGUAUCUUUUUCAAAGGUUGUAGUGGUCAAAAAGAAAAGGAAGUACAUCACUAUCACAUGAAUUACAGCAACAAAGAAAGACAGUAA